GAAAGAAGAAAGGUGUCAAGGCUCGUUACUCCAUCAACUUCAGCUUGUUUAAAGAUGGAAUUCAUCCAGGAUAUACAUUGUCGCAGACUUGGCUUGCUAAUAUCUGCAAGACGAUAAUUACUGACUGUGCAUAAACAUUUGCGUAGGCCGAGAUUGCUCUGCCACGCACUCCUAUUUGAACAUUUGCUAUUUGCGUAGGUCGGGAUUGCCCUGCCACGUAAAAGAUAAACAAUAGCAAAGAACUGUUGGUGUGUCAAAUAUCUCGUUUGGUUUUUGUCGUUAGCAUAUGUUGAUUGUAAGGCUAUUUAAAGCAUAUAUAAGUGUAAUUCAAUUUUAUCCACAAAUUGUAACAUUUAAAAUUUUUAUUCUUUUAAUUGAAAGCUAAAGGUGAAUUUUAUUUUGUUUUUCUACAUUCACUUUUAAUAGUGUUGAUAUCUAACAUAAACUUAAAGGUCAUUAUAUUGUAUUAUUUAGUUUUAAGGUUUAACUUUCAUAAUAACGGAACAAGUUUGCAUAUCAAGUUUUAAGUUGUUUAAAAGGUCAUUUCUCUAAAUAAUUAUUGUCUAGUCUUCUUUUACAAGUAUUUCUUCAGAAUGUCAGAGCAAGAAGGUAAAAACUCAGACAUUUCUCUACCUCAAGGUAACAGUGACACUGGAGAAGAGUUAGAAAGUGAACUUCGCACUCGGAAGCUAACAAGCAAAGGUCGUGAGUAUCAAAUUGAUCUUAAAGAAAAGGGUUUUAGGUCUUGUCUGUCUGCCUGGCGGGCACACACAAAUAAGUUGCAUGUACUUUUGUCUGAUUCUGACAACAUGCAAGCAUUGAGAACUCAUAGAGACAUUCUUCAAGCCUCUUUUGAUGAAUUGUCUAGUGUAUUUCUUGAAUUGCAAGAUUUAAAGGAAGAUGUUUCUGAAGAAAUAUCAAAGUUUGAAACCACUGAGAUAAAUCAUCAGCAACUUAUGCAGUCUAUUGCAGAGCGUAUAAGGGAAAUUGAGAAUCAGCAACUUGAAGGUAGGUCGAAUAGAUCUUCUCGUAGUAAUAGGUCUCAUUUAUCUAGGAGAUCCAAUGUUUCUCAUGUGUCUGAUACAGUUAUUCGUAAGGCUAAAUUGAAAGCUGAACUUAGGUACAUAGAUGCUGAAUUAAGGUGUAAGGCAGAACUUGAAAAAAUUAAAAUUGAUAAAAGGAAAGAAGUUGCUACUGCAGAAUUAGAUGCGUUAGAAGAAAUAGAUUGUAAUUCAGACAAAAAUGAUUCUUGGUUGAAUGAUUUAGCACCCGAAGUAGUAAAAAAAGAAUAUGUAAAUGAUUUUGUUGAGAGACAUAGCUCUACUAUUUUAGAGAGCAAAACUUCAGCGGUUAAUCCUGUUGUCACUGCUAUGCCAUCUUUCACAGUGCCAAAUAAUACUUCUAGUCACCAACUUACUGGUACAGAUAGUCUUACUCAAACAUAUCUAAACCCUUCAGUUACCCCUUUUGUCCCUAAUUUGAAUGUAGUAUCAAACCCUUCUGUUGGUAUUCAAACCAGUACACCUGCCACUAUAAAUAAUGACCCUGACCACUCAAAUGAGAAAGAAAUUGCAAACUUAGCAAAGGUGCUUGCUGACCAGGUAAGUCUUAGUAGACUACCACCACCUGAACCUACCAUUUUUUAUGGUGAUCCUAUCCAGUUUCCUGCAUGGAAAGCAGCAUUUAAUACAUUGAUAGAUAAAAUAAAUCUUCCAGAUGGUGAAAAAAUUCAUUACUUAAAGAAAUAUCUAGGAGGCCCAGUAAGACAAGUAGUAGAAAACUAUUUUCUGUUAUCUACUGAAGAUGCUUAUGACGAUGCUAGGAAAUUGCUCAAUGAGAGAUAUGGUGAUCCCUUUGUAAUUGCUUCUGCGUUCCGUGAUAAACUCGAAUCUUGGCCAAAAAUUAUGCCUAAAGAUGCCUCUGGGCUGCUUAAAUUUUCAGAUUUCAUGAAACAGUGCCUCACAGCAAUGAACAGUGUUCCAAGUCUUAGUGUGUUGAAUGAUUGCCGUGAAAAUCGAAAACUGUUGUCCAAGCUUCCAGAUUGGUUGAUUGGUAGAUGGAAUAGAAUUGCUGCCACAUCUCAGGAAGAACACAAGGUAUUCCCAUCCUUUAAAGAAUUUGUUAAUUUUGUUUCAAAAGAAGCAAGGAUAGCUUCUGAUCCUGUGACAUCUGUCUUUUCUGUGAAGGGUAAUCUCAGUUCACCCUGUGACAGGGGUAUGAAACUUUCAUCUAAAGAGAACAAGUCUCAAGGUCGUUCAUAUCUGUCACACACACAAGAUACAAAUCGUAGUUCAAGUUCAUUUCCAAACAUUUCUUGUCCGUUAUGUCAAGGGCCACACAAUAUUGAUGUCUGUGCUUCAUUUCUUAAGAAAUCUGUUGUAGACAGAAAAACUUUUAUAAAGGAGAAAAGGCUUUGUUUUGGCUGUUUGCGAAGUGGUCAUGUAUCAAAAAUGUGUAGAAAGCGAAAAACUUGUAACGUCUGUUCGAAAAGUCACCCCACUUCAUUACAUGGUGAUGUAAAACGGAAAGAUUCCCAAAGGGAAAGUGCGUCAGAAUCUGCCAAGUCUUCUGACAAAGUUGACACAGAUAAGAGUGCACCUAAACCAAUAAGUUAUUCUGGUGCUGCAUUUUUGAGUAAUGUCUUUCCUAGAGAGGUUAUAACACCAGAUGGUAAUGGUCCUUAUGCUCAAAAGACUGAUUUGGGAUGGACUAUAGUUGGAACUAUAGAUUCUGAUUGUGUUGAAAAUGAUAGUAUUGGGCUAAGUCAUCAUGUUCUCUGUCAUGAAGUUCCUUCAGCUCUAUCAGUGAGUGAUAAUCACAAAAACACGGUCAUGUUUUCUCUGCGUACUAAAGUCAAGGAAGUUGUAUCUAGUGAUAUUUUGCGUGUCCUUGAACAUGAUUUUUGUGAUUUAGGAAUAACUGGCGAUAAGCUUUCUCAGGAAGAUAAACUCUUCUUAUCUAAGCUGUCUGAAAACAUCUGCUUUCAAAAUGGUCAUUACGAAAUGCCACUUCCUUUCAAGGGUAAGGAUCCUGUACUUCCAAAUAAUAAAUCUAUGGCUUAA